AUGAGUCAAGCGCAAAAUGCAACAGGUUAUGGGCCCAGAAGAGAUAUUCCUGGGAGAUAUGGGAGACUUUUGCUCGAUGGAGAUGAGAGAAAGUACGAGCAAUGGGAAAUUAAAUUCCUUGGCUACAUGCGAUUGCAAAAGUUGAGAGAUACAAUUGUGGCAUCCGACGAAGAUGAGGUUAGUGACGAUAAGAACGCAGAAGCUUUCACGGAAUUAAUCCAGUUUCUUGAUGAUAAAAGCCUCUCAUUGAUUAUGAGAGAUGCUGUUGACGAUGGGCAAAAAGCAUUGAAAAUCCUAAGAGGACAUUAUGCUGGAACUGGUAAGCCAAGAAUCAUUUCGUUGUAUACUGAACUUACACCCUUGGUAAAAUCACCGCGUGAAACGGUUACUGACUAUGUUAUAAGGACAGAAACUGCUGCGACAGCCCUCAAAAAUGCUGGUGAGAAUGUAACUGAUAGUCUUUUGAUUGCUAUGGUUUUGAAAGGUCUACCAGAAACUUUCAAGCCCUUCACUGUAGUAAUAACACAAAAUGAAAAGAAACAAACAUUUAGUGACUUCAAAGCAGCCUUACGAAGUUUUGAGGAGACCGAACGAGCUAGAGCAAGCAAUUCUACUGAGGGAGACUCGAUUUUGCAGACAAUUAAUAGACAUAAACAAGAUUCAAGAUUUGUAUAAAGGACAAUAAACUUUGCUAUUCUUGUGGCCAACCAGGUCAUUUUGCUCGUCAGUGUUCAAAUAAAGAGAAACCCAAGAGCAAAUUGUGGUGUAAAACUUGCCACAGUUCCACACACAAUGAUAACACUUGUCGUAAAAAUAAAAAUAAAGGCAAAAGCGAGAAAACAAAGCUAACAAAGCUUUGAAUGUUGAGCAGGGAGAACAUUCAUUUGCCUUCCAGAUUAAAGCACAGCAGGGUGUUAGCAAGAUAAAUGUAGAACCCCCGAGCAAACUUCUGGUGGAUUGUGGUGCAACUACCCAUAUUAUUACUGAUCAAUCCAAGUUUUCCAGCUUUGACCAAACAUUCAGACCAGAAUCACAUUACAUUGAACUAGCUGAUGGGACUCGAUCAAAUAAUGUUACACUCAAGAGAGGAAAUGUGAACUUGCCUAUCACGGAUUCUACAGGAAGAUGUGUCAAUGCCUCACUAAAGAAUGCUCUGUAUAUACAAUCGUAUCCUCAGGACAUAUUUUCAGUACAAGCUGCCACUGAGAAAGGUGCUAGUGUUAUUUUCCAUCCAUAG